AUCCCCAGCAGAAGGGCUAGAAGAAGCCUGAUUCCUCCCUCCUUCCCUCCCAGCUUCGCUUGGCAAUGGCAGGCAGAAAUCCCACGCUCAGUCAGGAAGCUGGGGAUUCGGUACCGGGGACCCCUGAGACUGGCGAUAACCCCCAAGUGGGUCCCGAGAUCUUCUGCAAGCUGUGCCUUAGCGAGCAGCCAUCUGCUGCCACCAGGGAGCUACAGACAUGCGACUGCAUCUUCUGCACAGCAUGUCUACAGCAGUAUGUUCAGCUGGCCAUCAUCGAGGGUGGAGGGGCACCCAUCACCUGCCCAGAUAUGGCCUGCCAGAAGGCUGGAGUGCUACUGGACUCUGAGAUAGCCGGCUUGGCCCCAGCAAAUCAGGUGGAGCUAUAUCAGCGCCUGACGUUUGAGAGAGGAGUGAAGUUGGACCCCAGUAAAGCCUGGUGCCCUGUGGUCGAAUGUCAGGCGGUGUGCAGUGUGCAGCCGAGCACUGAGGGCCAGCCCUCCGCCGUGUCCUGCCAGACCUGUCACACCAUCUUCUGCUCCGGGUGCAGAGGGCCCUGGCAGGACGGCCAUACCUGCCCCGAGCGCCAGCCCAUGAUGUCACCCUCGCCCUCUCAUGAAAGCAGGGCCCACUCUGACAGCGACUCCGACAUGCCCAUCAAGCAGUGUCCUAUGUGUGGUAUCUACAUCGAGAGGAACCAGGGCUGUGCGCAGAUGCUGUGUAAAAGCUGCAAACACACCUUCUGCUGGUACUGUCUGCAGAAUCUGGAUGGUGAUAUCUUCCUGAGGCAUUACGAUAAGGGACCAUGCAGAAACAAGCUGGGCCACUCCAGGGCCUCUGUAAUGUGGAACAGAACGCAGGUGGUGGGUAUCCUGGUUGGAGUGAGCAUCAUAGUGCUGGUGACCUCUCCCCUCCUCCUGCUGGCCUCACCCUGCAUACUCUGCUGCGUCUGCAAGCCCUGCAGAGGAAAGAAGAAGAAGAAGAGGAAGAAGGACCUCAGUCAGUCAGACUCCACGUCAUAGCGGUCUCACGCUCAUCAGCCAAGCCCAGGAUCACUCCACCAGCUUUGCGUAGCUGGAGGACCAAGAAAACCAACAGCAUGCAAGUGCUGCUUGGUGGAAAAGGAUAAACUUAAGCAACAAUGGAGUACUUUUUCAUGACUGGACAGACUGUCAUUGGUUCAGCAAUGUCGUCGGUAUCAGAACUUACAGACUCACUGAGAGCUGCUCAGAAAUCUCUCUUGAAUUACAAGAGUGAGAACUAUAUAUGGAGGAAGUGUAAAUAUGUGGAGAAUGAAUGUAAGUCACGUACCUAGGUGUUUUCAUUUGCACAAUAGGUAACAAGAGGAAGGCGGUGGCUGUGAGGGUUUUCCUGGAUGCGGCCUUUUGUUAUCACCCAAAUCUCUCUUACACACACACACACACACACACACACACACACACACACACACACACACACACACACACACACACACACACACACACACACACACAUGCAGUUCAACGCCACCCUCAUGUGCCAAAUGUCAUGAUGCCAAACCAGAGGUGUCAGGUGCUCAAGUGCCUCACUCUACAGUGCCUGGUUCUUGGUUAUAUUUGUUUUGUCUUCCAUUCUAUCUUUAUCUUAUGCAAAGAUUUUAGCAUUAUGAAAAUGGGCAACUGUCAGGAUUACACAGGUUGUAAAUCCUCAAACAAUGCAAAACAUUCUUUCAUAAUGGGUAGAGGGCAAACGGCUUCAUGUGUGCACUGUACGGUGUAUUCCGUAUUGAUAUGAAACAUUAUAGGGCUUCAAUGGUGCACAGAGAACUUUGCUUCUGCAAAUGUUUUUUGUUUCCACCUGGAAUAUGUUUCCAGACCAAAGGCUCUAAAGAAUAAUGUGUACUUUUCUAAAGUGUGUUAAUAUGUUUUUAUGGGUCAUGUGUGUAUGGUACCCUGUUAUCAUUUCUACUUUUCUGUUGAUGCUUCUGCAUCUGAUAUUUUAUAAAGGCACCAUUGUAAUUGAAAGAAACAUACA